UGACCGGCUUUUGAACGGUUGUUAUCUGAAGACUGGAAGAUAUCACAAGACUAGAAGCUAGUGAAGAUGAAGAGAGAUUACAGUGGAGACGUGAAGAUGAAGAUGGAUGAGAUUCAAAUUUAGUCUCUUCCUGGAAGAUGCGUUUGUCUUUGUCAGAUUAAGUAUCUGCCUGCUACAAUUUGACUCUUCAUUUUCCACUAAUCAAUUGAAUUUGGUGGAACUUUCAUUUCAUGUCAUGAAUGAAUUGAGGUGAUGAUCGAUCAUUUAUAGCAAAGUUAAAACCAAUUGAUUCGUGUUCACUCUUUAAAAAAAUAAGAAAAUGGCUGAUGUUGCCGGGAGCAUCGAAAGUGUGGUGAGUCCUGUCUUCGAAGUUGGCAAGUGGUUGGUUGUUCCGAUUUGGCAUCAAUUUAAGUACUUGUUCAACUAUACUACCAAUUUCAAAAAUCUCGAAAAGGAAGUUAAGAAGCUGAAGAACACCAAAGAAGAAGUGCAAGAUCAAGUUGAUGCAGCUGAAAGAAAUCUGGAGAAGAUUAAACAAAAUGUUAAGGAUUGGCAGAAAGAUGUGGAGAAGACGAUUAUUGAAGUAGAUCAGUUGAUUCAAGAAAAAGCUAACAACCAGCGUUAUUCUAAGGGAUUGUGUUCCAAUUUCAUCAUUCACUACAAACACAGCAAGAAAGCAUUCAAAUUAAAGCGGGAUGAUGUUGAUCUGCUCCUCCAGCAAGGAAAGGAAUUGGGUCCAGUUUCCUCUCGUACUAAUCCACUAUUGGAGAUUUGGCUAAGGUCUAGUGAAGAUUACGUGCCUUUUGAAUCAAGAAACUCUACUAUGGAGGAGGUGUGGGAUGCUCUAAUUGAUGAGAAUAUCUUCAUGAUCGGUGUUUAUGGGAUGGGUGGUAUUGGGAAGACCACUCUUGCGCAGGAACUUGGUAGAAAAGCUAAGAAGGAUAAACUCUUUGAGGACAUUGUUUUUGUUGAGGUAUCAGAAUCUCCUGAUAUAAAAAAAAUUCAAACAGCAAUUGCAGACAACUUAGGUCUGAAAUUCAAAAACGAAAGUGAAAGGGCAAAGGAGCUGUAUUCAAGAAUGGAGGGCAAGAAUAUUCUUUUAAUUCUAGAUAAUAUUUGGGAGCCUCUAGAAAUUGAAAAGACGAUAGGAAUUCCUUGUAGAGCUGAUCGUGGGAGAAAUAAACUUUUGUUUACAACAAGAAACUUAGAUGUGUUGGAGAGGAUGGAUUCCACAAGUAAUUUUGGGAUGGGAAUUUUAACUGAAGAAGAAGCUUGGAUUCUGUUCACCAAAAUGACAGAUCUUUUUGCAGGUAAUAUUAUUCAAACAUAUAGAUUGGGUUCUUUACCAAAUGAUAUAUGCAAGGAGUGCAGGGGAUUACCUAUUGUCAUCUGUACAAUAGCAAAAGCAUUAAAAAACAAAAGUCAUCGAUCAGAUUGGAAGGUUGCAUUGCAAGAAUUGAAAGCACCUUCACCAUCAUACUUCACCGGAUUCCUAGAAAAGGAAUACACAAGAAUUGCCUUAAGUUACACGCUUCUAAGAGAUGAUGAACUUAAGAAAACUCUUUUAAUUGCUAGUCUAAUGGAAAAUAAUGCUUCCAUUUUAGACUUGUUUAGACAUGUUGUGUGUCUGGAUAUACUUAAAGGAGUUAACUUGACAAUGGAAGACGUACGAGAUAGACUGGAUAAAUUAGUUCGCGACCUCAAAGAUGCUUGUUUGUUACUUGACGGGUUUGAAAGUGGAAAUUUUGCUAUGCAUGAUGUUGUCCGUGUUGUUGCUAUGAGAAUUGCAUAUAUGGAUCACCAUGUAUUUACAACGAGGAAUGAUGUUGAACGAGAAUGGAAGGAUAAAGAUAAACUCAAGAAAUGCACAAAGAUCUCCUUGUCUGGUGAUAGUACUAUUAUUAGUCAACUUUGGCCUAACGAUUUGGAUUGUCCAAAUCUUGAAUAUUUCUAUAUGACCAAACUGUGGUACUCUUCUUUUGAAAUCCCAAAAGACUUCUUCACAGUGAUGCCAAAGCUUAAGGUAUUGAAUUUGGUUGGAUUACAACAAUCAUUAUUGCCAUCAUCAAUUGGUCUUCUGACAAACCUGCAAACAUUGUGUUUAGAUUAUAGCAAUAUUGAAGAUGUUGCUGUUAUUGGAAAGUUUAAGAAGCUAAAGGUCCUUAGCUUGCAAGGUUCUUGUAUUAAAGAGUUUUCUACAGAAAUGGGUCAAUUAACUCAACUAAGACUGUUAGAUUUGAGCUAUUGUAGACAAUUGAAAGUUAUAGCUUCAAAUGUGAUAUCAAAAUUAUCCCAAUUGGAAGAACUUUAUUUGAAUAAUUACUUUAUUCAGUGGAAGAUUGAAGUACUUAAGGAAUUGAAGCUCUUGUCUAGUCUCACCACUUUAGAAUUGCAUAUUGAAGAUGACAAGGUUUUGCCUAAAGGCUUCUUUUCUAGAGAACUUAUAAGGUACGAUAUAUUAGUGGGACAUUGGUCGUUCAAAUAUCCACUAUUUGAUGAACAUGAGCACUUGAGGAGAUUGAAAUUGAUAAUCGAUCCUACCACCAAAUUAGAAGAAUUAUGUGUAAUCAAGAAUGUUGAACUUUUACGCUUAGCUGAAUAUUUAGAUGAUGAGGGCGAGGAUGAGGAUGAGGAUGAGAAAAAGGAUGAGGACGAGGACAAUCUUGAGCAUUUAAAAUUCAAAUUUCAGUCCAAUGAAAUCACACCACUUUUUAACAAAAAGGUUAUCUGUCCUGAUUUAAUGGACUUGACAUUGAAGAAUAUUAUUUCUAGAAAGAUCUGGGAUGACCAUCUUCCAUCUUCCUCCUUUCAAAAUUUGAAACAAUUGACAUUGUGGAGAUGUGCAAAGAUAAAAUUUGUGUUUCCUUAUGCCAUAACCAAAAACCUCCAGCAACUCCAAUACCUUGUGAUAAAGGAUUGCAUUGAUUUAGAGGAAAUUGUUGCUAUAGCAGAAGGAUUAGAAGCAGCUGCCAAUGUUGUCUUUCCGCAAGUAACUGUAAUGGUGCUUGAAAAUCUACCCAAACUUGCAACUUUCUAUCCUGGAAUAAAUGCUUUAGAAUGGCCAAAAUUGAAAGAGUUGGUGGUGAAAGAUUGUCAAAAAUUUAAGAUGUUCACUUCAGAGCCAAAGUCCCUGUGCUUGGACCAAAAGAUCAACAAUGAUUUGGCGAUAUUUCAAUUAAAGGAUGGUCUGGAAGAGAUUGGCUGGGAUAGUUCGUCUAAAGUUCUUAACAUCUCCUAUUAUAAGUCAACACAUUUUCCACUUGGGCUCCCUCAAAGAUUUGAAAAUCUUACAUUUCUUUAUGUUAACCAUUGCCAUAAGUUAGUUAACUUCACAACAACUUCAAUAGCUGGAAGUUUGGUGCAGUUGAAAGAAUUGAGCAUAUCAGAUUGUUCAAUGCUGACUGAAAUAGUAGAAAAUAACGGAGAUGCAACAACAAUUGAAAUUGUUUUUGAAAAAUUGUGCAAGGUGUCACUUAAUCGGUUGGAAAGUCUCACAUGUUUCUGCUCAAAGAAUUACUCUUUCACUUUCCCAUCAUUGAAAGAGUUAUUUAUCACAGAAUGUCCCAGUAUGAACACUUUCUUCAAAGGAAUCUCAGGCAAUUCUGAAUUAAAUUUGCAGUCCAAUGAAAUUACGCCAUUUUUUAAUGAAAAGGUUAUAUUCCCUAAUUUAAAGGUCUUAGAAUUGAUUAAUAUUAGCCUUGAAAGGAUUUGGGACAACCAACUUUCAACUUCUUCUUCUCAAAAUUUGACACACUUGAAAGAGUUGGAGGUGGAAGAUUGUCAUAAAUUUAAGAUGGUUGCUUCAGAGCCAAAACCCUUGUGCUUGGACCAAAAGGACAUCUCCGUUGAUUUGAAGUUGUUGACAUUGAAAGAUGAUAAUUCUAUAGAGAUUUGCUAUAACCAACAUCCAACUUCUUUCUAUCAAAAUUUGACACAUUUGACCUUGCGGAAUUGUGAAAACAUAAAAUAUGUGUUUCCAUCUUACAUUGUCAAAAGCCUCCACCAACUCCAACAACUAAAGAUUCAGAAUUGCAAGGUUUUAAAGGAGAUUAUUGCAAAAGAAGAUGGAGCAACUGCAGUUAUCGAUUUUGUCUUUCCGAAUAUAACCUCAUUGAAGCUUGAAGAUCUACCAGAACUUACAGCCUUCUACCUUGGAAAAUAUACUUUAGAAUUGCCAAAGUUGAAAGAGUUGUUGGUGAAGGAUUGUACCAAAUACUUGAGCUUCAAAAAAAAUAAUGUGGAGACUAAGCAUGAUAUUUUAGCUCCAAAAUCUAUCUUGCAGAACAAUAAGAUUAACUUCAAUUUGGAGUUAUUUCAAUUAUAUGAUGGUGAGACAAAUAUUUGUUGGCAUGGUCAAUUUAAAACUCUUACAAUCAAUAAGGAUAACUCUGCGAAUAUUCCACUUCGACUCUUUCAAAGAUUUGAAAAUGUGAGAGAGCUCCGACUAUUUUCAAAUCAAUACAUAGACAUUAAGAGCCCAUAUGAUCUUCCAAAUCUUGAAGUUCUAGAUGUAUAUUUCCAUAACAGAUUGAUGAAUCUAGUGCUAUUCUCAGUUUUUUUCCAAAAUCUUAAAGUUCUGAAGGUAAGUUCAUGCCACGGAUUAAUGAAGUUAUUUACACCUUCAAUGGCUAGAAGCUUGGUGCAGUUGAGAGAAUUGAGCAUAUCAUAUUGUAAAAUGCUGACUGAAAUAGUAGAAAAUGAGGGAGAUGCAAUAACAAGUAGUGAAAUUGUUUUUAACAGUUUGAACAAGUUGUCACUUGAAUGGUUAUAUAGUCUCACAUGCUUUUGCUCUGGAAAUUACUCCUUUACUUUUCCAUCUCUAGAAGAGUUAAAGAUUGAAAAUUGCGUCAAUUUGGAUAUUUUUUGUCAAGGAAGCUUAUCUACACCAAAGUUAGACAGAGUCCUUUACAAGUCUCUCGGCUUUCAUAAUGAAUAUGUGAAUGUGAUGACACAGGCUGAGAUUGGGGAGAAUGACCUAAAUACGACUAUACAACAAAAACACAAAAAAGAGGUUGGCUCCCUUUGAAAGCAAUUGACAUUAAGUGGAAGGGAUAUCUUGACAAAUUUGCAAAGAGAGUUUCAAGAGAACUUUGUCAAAGUAGAAACUCUUCAAUUGAUUAUGGAUGAUUAUGCAUAUAUACCAAUUCAUAUCCUUAAUCAAUUUAUCAGUCUUCAAAAACUUAUAUUGAAAGUGAGUUCAUACAAAGAGAUAUUCUCAUGUGGAGAAGGUGAGGAACAUGUUGGAGCAUUCUCAAAAUUAAGAGAUCUAAUAUUGUAGGGACUUUUGAAUUUGAAGUGCAUUUGGAGCAAGAUGUUCAGUUCAAAUCAAUUUGUCAAAAUCUUCGUUCUUUACAUGUAGAAUAUUGUCAUGGUUUGAUGACUCUAUUGCUGCUUUCAUCGUCUUUUAAAAAUUUGACGACUUUGAAGGUAAAGUAUUGUAAUGAAAUGCAAAACUAAAUAACAUCUUCAACGGCCAAAAGUCAGGUGUGUCUAGAAAGCUUGUCAAUACAAGAAUGUGAAAUGAUGAUAGAAGUAUCAACAAACGAGGGAGAUAUAGAGAAAGAUGAAAUUGUUUUUGAGAUAUUGAAGGAGUUGUGCUUGUUUAAUUUAGAAAGUCUGACAUGCUUCUCUUCUGAGAAAUACACUUGAAAAUUUCCAUUCUUAGUAUCGUUAGAUGUGAGUAAAUGCUCUAAGAUGAAGACUUUCUCAAGAGAAGGUGUAAACAUGCCAAGGUUACAGGAGGUGAAUUGGAAAGAUUGUUCAAAUGAUCUUAAUUCUGUCACAACAUAAUUUCAAAAUAAUUCAUCACAAAUGAAAGCUCUGCACUUACCUGAUUCGAUAGCACCGGGCAAGGUUGUUCGGUUGAUCUACACCAACUCUGGCCUAGCUCUAUUUGCCCAUACGUCCAGCGCUAUUCACAUCUGUGGAAAUGGCAGAGUAGUGAAAGGAAUCUCUUGGGGAAGGCAACUGCAGAUGUAGCGCUCCGGUUGUGGCAACCUCCUAGUAGAACACUUAUGACCAAUGACAUUAAUGUGGAAAGGUUUCCUUGUUCAACAUAAAGACAUUCGAGGUUUUGUAACUCAAAACAUGUAUUAGCAAUUUAAGGAGCUCAUAAACUAUUUAAUCAGUAUCAUUUUAGCAUCCUUUAGCGAUGUGGGAUGCUCACACACAAACCCAACACCUCUCUUAUGUUUUGCCAAUGUGGAAUUCACUUAGGGGUAUCCCAAUUUUUGUAUGUGACACCCUUAGGCAAAUCCCACAUUGCCAAGCACGAGAGAGAGUUGGGUUUGUGUGUGCUUUCAACAUUGCUUGAGGAUUCUAAGUUCAGAGUAGUUAAAUAGCCUAUGAGCUCCAUAAGCUAUCAAGACGCUUUUUGAGUUACAAAACCCAAAAGCAAAACCAUGAUAGACUGUAUGUCCAACAUGGACAAUAUUUUGACAGUAGGCAAGACUAUUGGAUCAGGAAUAUUACACAACAAUUUAUGAUUGAUCAGAUAAUGCUUUCUCAAUAUAUUGAGAUUCCACAUGACCAAAUGAGAUUGCUUACUUGUCUCAAGUCAUGGCAAUGUUCAUGCCCCCACCUCCAACAGCUACCUUUUUGGCAUUCCAUCCUCAAGAUAAUAAUAUUAUUGCCAUUGGGAUAAAGGAUUCUAUGAUUCAGAUAUUCAAUGUUAGAGUUGACAAGGUCUUAAUCAAACUUAAGGGUUACCAAAAUCGAAUCACGGGGCUUGCAUUUGCUCAAACUUUAAAUGCACUAGUGUCUUCAGGGGCUAAUGGGCAACUAUGUAUGUGGAGCAUCGAUAAGCUGAAAUCAAGGUUCAUACAAGCACCAGCUGGUUGUCAAUCCCCUUUGGUCGGAGAAACUGAAGUCUAGUUUCAUAAUGAUCAAAAACAUCUAUUGGUGGUUCAUGAUAGCCAAAUUUCUAGUUAUGACAAUAGGCUUGAAUGUUCAUAUUCAGUAAGUUUUGCUUCUAUCUCAUCUAGUUGCAGUGUGUCAUCUGUUCACUCUCUCUUCUGGUAAACUUAACACAUGAUAAUUUAUUUGGCCAUGAUCUUAAUUCGAUUAAAGUGUCUGGAAACAUAGCUUAUUAUUAUAAUUGUAAUAAAUAUGAUAAUAUAGGUUAGUGAGAAUAAAAGAUUAAUUAUGUAGCCUAUUAUCAUCAUUGUACUUAUUUCCACCUUGACCAACUAGAGAAAAACUUACUAAAAUGCAUUUGUAUGGAUAGUACGCUAGAACCUUGUUCUAGCGCAUGGCUUUAUCACAUUUUGUUGGAAGUUUUAUUGCUGGUGCUGCAACAUGUUUGGCAUAUGUUACUAUGCCUUUAUGCUAUGUAUUUAUGACUUGUAGUGGUCUCCAAAAGAUACACUCCCUGCUCCCAUUUCAAGUGCAAUAUAUUCAUGUGAUGGUUUACUGGUGUA